AUGGGUCCAGAUAACGAUGGCAAAACUGGAACUAUGCCUUCUGGACCGUUCGUUGGGGUCAUGACCAAUACAAUUGAUGCGACGGAUAAUAAGGUUAUCAUCAACAAUAGCAAGAUACUUUUAUCAAAAAAUGACCGGGUGCAGCUUGCGCAUACUAUUAAGGAAAUGAUGAUGGAUAGUCACGAGGCAAAUCCAGCUAGUGUCAUGACAACGGAGAACCUUAUUGUUCUUCUUACAGAAAUUGCGACAACUUCGUCCACGCUUUCCCACGUUGCAGGUAUCAUUGAUGCCGCGAGAACUGGCAACACUGGUGCAUUGGCUGGUCACCUGGUGGAUCUGCUCAAAACUUUUCCGAUAUCUCCCUUAGAGCCAGUACCUCCGGCUGUUGACACACCGGCUUCAAAUAAUCCAAAGUAA